GACUCGCCAACAUGGCUUCCACAUCGAAAGCCGACAUGUCAUCAAAAACAUUACCUGUUCAUGAAACUGACACUAACAUCCUGUUUGAAAAGUUUACCAUAGAUGAAAUCAGAGGAAUUGAAAAGAAGACCAGGACUGAUAUUGAGAGAAAGAAGGAAGACUUGAGGACGAUGGUUGGUGAAAGAUACCGAGAUCUAAUAGAGGCUGCAGACACCAUCACAGAAAUGAAAAAUAGUGCACAAAAUGUUAUGAAGUCUAUAGCCCGUAUAGACAAAAUGUGUAAGGAGCUAAAUCAGAGCCAUAUGGUACGAGGCACAUCCUUCCAUAACAGAUCCAACAAGGAGCUUGACCAACAGAGGAAACAGGAGUUGAAGUUCCACAGCAUAGCCAUGCAGAUCAAGCUACUGUUGGAUAUGCCAGAAAAGAUCUGGAGUGCAUUGGACCGUAAUGAUUACUUAACAGCCACCCGACACUACCUGCUGUCCCGACACAUCCACACCAGUCUCCAGCUUGACUCUCAGCAGUCUCCUGACCUCCUACACAGGUUCCCAGUCCUCAAUCGUCAGUGGGCUGCUAUUAGUCACUUCAGGGCCACCAUAUUACAGGGGAGCCGUUCAAUGCUGAAGGAGUCCGCCAUCACAGAUCAGAAGAUAGCUGAGUGUCUGUGUAGUAUUAUCCUGUUGGAGGAUAGUACACCGAGGCAGGUCUUCAACGAGUUCCUGCUUGCACGAACGACAGCGGUACAGCAGUUGUUCCAUCCAAACCAGACAGAGGGUGUAAAAGAUCAGGUCUGUACUGUGGUCAAACUAAUUACUACCACAAUACACCAGAUACAUAGUGUCUUCUACCAGGGCGACAGCUCCGCCAUGGGAGUGUCCAGUAAUCUGCUGGUGACCAUCUUGACCACAGUGACAUCUCAGAAACAGCACGAAUCAGGAUUACUGGACUUCCAUCAGUCUUCCUCGCUGAAAAGUCUGCCAUCAUCUGUUUUAGAUUUCUGCCCCACUCUGAGGUCCCACGCCACACCGGUAUCUGUACAGUAUCUCCAGGACAACUGCCAACAGUGGAUUGAUACAUGUAUCCGGGACGUGAAACAUGGUGUAGGUAAGCUGCUAGGUUUUGUCAACACUGUGAAGAGAUUGGCUGAUAUCCGUGAUGCAGUGUGGGAGUUACUAUCCCAGGACGAUAGCAUGACUGACUGGCAGGGGGUGUGUUCUCGUAUACUCAACAGGAAACUCUCCAGCUGGGAGGAUUUCCUUUGGGCACUAUUCCUGGAUAGAGUGAAGGCAUUGAUGAAAUACCAAUUGGACACAGCAACUGAAUUGACCAAACGUCAGGUUUCAAAACUGGUCAUGGAGAUUGGAAGCAUAGAAGAUGGGAGCAGUGAGUUGGAGGUUGACCUAUCCAAGUUUAUUUGGUGUGAGGGGUCGGGGGAUAUACAGGCCAACAUGGCAUGGACCACGGCCAGUGCUCGCACCUCUAGUGAACAGGCCCCCAGUGGCCUACUGAUGAAAGCCAAGGCUUAUACUCCGGUCAUUCAAAGCCUGUGCCAUAACUAUGACGAUAAACUACUGACCUUGAUAGAGGAUUGUAAACAUUAUAUACAGCCAGCAGAUGACAAGGACACACAAACAGACAAACCAUUUAAUCGCUAUGGUGACACGGCUGACCUACUUAACCAUCUCAAGGUCACAUGUCACCGAUGUGUGGAAGAACUUCUGACAUAUGUUGAUGAACAACUUGAGUUAUGGAAAUUAUCACUGGAAAUACCUGACAGAACAACCAAUCAGAUAACUAUUAACAAGAUUCUGUUGGUGGGGAGAUUUUGUGGAGCACUGGCAGAGCUGGCCCCUUCCUUGAAGCAUUGCAUUGUGGGACAGACAUCACAGGACAAACUUGACCUCCUCAAGUCACAAAUGAAGAGCAGCAAACAGGGUUCAAAGGUUGUGGAUGAUCCCGUAUGGUUACAAGUAAAGGAAAGAUUGGCACAGUGUCACAGAGGGGCUUACAGAAUAUGGGUAGAAUAUUUGUCUGCUUCUGUGCUAAAGGAUUUCAAAGCCUGUAUCAAUAAUCCACAGGGUAAAGAUGCCAUAUCAACAUGUACAAGAUGGGAUGAGGUGUCUAUUCAAGAAGAAACAGAAAGUGGUAAAAAUGUGAGCUCAAAGAUUCGGAUUCCUAUGCAGGCCUCGUGGUAUAUACAGGACCUCUUGUUCAGCUUGUGUCGCGAGAUCAACAGAGUGGGAGCACACACAAUACACAGAAAAGUUGUAGAGGAUCUAGUGGUGAAUGUGUCCAAUGGAAUCCUCACUGGUUAUGAGGAAAUACUCAACGCCUGCAGGAAGAAAAAGACUGGCAAUUAUCUGUCAAUGUCCCAGCAGAUGGCUUUACAGCUUUUAUACGAUGUCAAAUUUGUGGUUCGGAUCAUUCCAAGAAAAGACGACCAGCAGGAGAGUAAACUCUACCAGCAGCGGUCCCGGCGAGUGAUAGAGAGGCUGGAGGAAAAGAUUGACCCUUUUGACCUUGACGUCUUCUCCCCCUACAUCCAGUCUCACCUGACCAAACAAACGCAACGGUUGACUGUGUUGUACGGAGCUCUGACAAGCCUGGACAAGCUUGGGAUGUUUUCCACAGGACGAGGUCUCCAGACCACACACCAAGAACAGCACAAUGUCCUGCCACUUACUACAUGUCAGAACAGAUUUAUACUGUUGCCGUUGAGUACACAACCAAGCAACCCCACAAUGCCCUCGCCGAUACUGUCACAGUCCCUACACAGGAGUGUGAUGGCAGGUGGAGAUUCCCUGACGGAGAAAGCAGCGGCCGUUCUCCCUCAGCCGAGUUCCAGCUCUGAUAUGACAAGUUCAUUCUACAACAAACUUGGCAGUAUGUCUGAACUAUCCAGCUGGUUCUCUAACAUCGGUGGGAGUACAAAGUAAAUCCGACAGAAGAAACAGACUGGCUGUGUGUGGGAUCUAUCCAGCUAGAUGUCUAACAUCAGCUGAUAAUAUAUAAUGAUAAAUAUUGUACAUGUUAAUAUAGAAAAAAAAGUAUAACUUAUUUCAAAUACAUUUGUGAAUAUAUCUCAGAAAUAGACUGACAGGAUAUAGUGCAUUUCAGAAUCCAAACCUGAAGGGUCACAGGAUCAUUGCUUUUAUGCAAAAUAUAAUUAAUAAAUACAUGUUUGUGAAAAUAAUAGAUAUCCCAGAAGGGGAAAUAAAUGUAAAAUCAAAAGUUGCUCACUGAAAUACCCAAGUUUUCCAGAUUUUAGUGCUCUACCUAAGAUUCUACAUAUAAAAGUGGAUACUUUUGUACAAUUUCCAUAAAAAACAUCAUCCUAAAUCCUUACUUGUGCAGAAUAUCCCUACAAAAGUUGUUUUCAAUUAUGUAUGAAGCCAAGCAUAUUGCAAACCAUAUAGUAAUUUGGAGUGUGUUGGUAAGAUUAAUUUAUCAGUCAUGAGCAAGUACAAAUAUUUAUGUAUUUGAUUGUAUAAUUUGAUAAAAAAAAAAAGACCAAUACUGUAUGUGUGUUUUUCUGGACUCCCAGAAUCUGUUUGACAGUUUACAUGAGGGACAAUAUCCAUUAAUCCACAUGCCGGCAUCACCAUUACUCUCAACUGUAUUGUUGGUUGUAUCUGGUAGUGAUUUCGCUAUACUCACGGUCAUCCCUGCAGUAUUUGUUCAGUGAAUUACACACAUAUAUGUUGAUAUGUUAACCUAUUUGUCGUAGGAAUUAAACCAUUUUGGUUUUGAUUGUGUAAUUUAAUACUCACGACCUAAUAUGCAGUAGAAACCAUUAUACUUUCUAAUCAUAAAAUGUUCAUUAUACAAAUUACCGGGCAUACUGUAAUUCUGAGAGUUACACCAGUUGUGGUGUACUGUUUCUGAUAUGUACUGAUAUCCAUCUUUGUUAUUGGGCGGAUGAAAGUGUUGCCAGUUUAACAUAAAUUUGAAAUCUCUUGUAUUGUACUACAAGCUCAAUUUGAAGAACUAAACACAUUAGCAAUAGAUAAAUGAUAAUAGGUUCUAUUUUUAUUGUCAAAUUUACUAAAAUAAACUCAAGGCUCCUGUCCAUAUCAUAAGUUUCUGUAUUAGAUUCCUCAAUGAAGAAAUUGUUUUGUUGAUGUUGUUAACUGCAUUUUAAAGAUAUUUUGUGCUUCAUGUUGAAAUAUCUAAAAAAAAUGCAGUUUAUACUUGUCAUGUUAAAAUAUCUGCAGAAAAAAAUGCAGCUUACAACAAAAAAGCUAAACUAUUUCUUAUAUUUACAUUUUGACUGUUGUUUCUUUAUUGAUGCUCUUAAAAAAAAUCAGUAAGUGUCAAUCAUUGCACAUUAUACGCAUUGACAGGACAGCAUGACAAUUGGUGGAAUAGCAAAACAGUUGAUUCUAAUUUGGCAAGUAUGGUGGUCAACUACAUGAAGUAAACUGAAAUAGUUCCAAAAUAACAUCAUCUUUUUAUUCCGUUUCCAACCGAAAUUUUACUAAUUAGCAUCUUCAGUUCAUAUAUUGGUUUGAUUUGCACAAUAGUUUACAAAAGAUUAAUUCACAAAAUGAAAACUUAGAAAAAAGCUUGUAUGCGCCGAAUUUGGGGCGGGUUCAUUCAAUGUGAACAAUAUAUUCCUACACUCCACACUAAAAUUUACUGUCAGAAGUGUCAAUGUCAUUUUCUUUGAUAAAGCCAAAUAGAAAAUACACACCGGAAAUGUAAAUAUUUUGAAAUGGUGAGAGAAAUUCAUGUUUUUUACUCCCUUGAUUUAUCGACGAGCCGUCCUGGUCAUGGAACAUGUCUACUCUAGUUAUAUAUCCUGGCUGGUACUGUAAUUCAACGUGAGUUACUUCCCUUUAUAAAAUGUACCGGUGACAUCAGAUUGCAUUUCCUGAUUUGAAAUUAAGAAAAGUAAUUUUAAGAAAUUGCUUUGGUUGCAAAAGCUCAGAGCACAAGUUUCUCCUCUGGCUAAAGAUGGGAAAAUGGAGAGUGUUGGUUACUUUUGGGUAUUAAGUGAUGAAAUAAGACUAUGACUGAAUAUGUUUACUGUACCUAUGAGCGUGUUCUAUAAAGGGCUGUGAUAAAGAUUUAACGAUAAAUAAAUAAAAUAUACAAAAAGCUUAUUUCGAAUGACAGUGUGGUGACUGUAGUAAUAAUAUUUUUGUAAACUGAAAUUAUUUAUAUUAACCAUGCAUCAGGUAUGCAUGUGAUGGGAAAUGUUCUCUAUGUUUGUGUAAUAAUUUGUUUAUUUGUUAAUAAAUGUAAUGAUCAAAAUUGAA